GAAUGCAGUUGAGUCUCAGAUCUUCCUCUCAGCUCACAGAUGAGUGCUGCCAUGGCUGAAGCGGCUUCCAUGGUCAUGCUGCAGAGGACAGAGCUCACUGCUGCAGACUGCCUGCAGGAGGGAGAAAUGGGUAAAAAACUCCAAGGAAAAUGUCUCAGAAUCGUCUCCCUUGAGUCUCCUGCUAAGCUUCACUGCUGCUAUGGAGUGAUCAUGGUCCUCACUGUAGCUGUAAUUGCUCUUUCAGUUGUUUUGUCAGUGAGAAAUAACAAACCAGUCAUGGAAAACUGUGAACCUUGCUACACCACGUGCCCAAGUGGCUGGAUUGGAUUUGGAAGUAAAUGCUUUUAUUUUUCUGAAGACAUGGGGAACUGGACAUUCAGCCUGUCCUCCUGCACAGCACUAAAUUCCCACCUAGCACUGUUUGACAGCCUGGAGGAGCUGAAUUUUCUGAAGAGAUACAAGGGGGCUUCUGACCACUGGAUUGGCCUACACAGAGAGUCUACAGGACACCCUUGGAUAUGGACAGACAAUACUGAGUAUAACAACUUGGUUCUCACCCGAGGAAGAGGAGAAUGUGGCUUCCUGAGUGACAAUGGGAUCAGCAGUGGCAGGAGCUACACACAUAGGAAGUGGAUUUGUAGCAAGUUUACCAGUAGCUGUAAAUCCAGAGUAGGAAGUGUACCAAAGUGUGUGUGAGAAACAGAUGCUCUUUGACCUGUUAUCUACAGUUGGUGCUCAGCUCCUGAUACACUAAAACCAUUAUCAAAAUCCAGCAAUAAGCACAUUGACAGCCAAGAUGAAAAUUAGAGGAUUGUUGGGCACUGGACAUAGGGGAAUCAAGGGAGUAAGAGAAAACCUGAGUCCCACCAGAGUUCUGGUGCUCUGGGCGGGCGUACUCAGGAGUACUGUUGCAAGUUUUCCACUCGGCCAGGGGUGGGUGUCUGGCUGUGGGAAGCCACAGAACCCCAGCCCGAGGGGGUGGAGGAGUGUGGACAAGUGUCAUUCUGAGGUCUCUGAGCCUCAUGGAGGCCAGAGAUAACAGGUUCUCAGUCUCGGGCAUCCCAGACACUGUUGGACACCGAGGAAGAGCUGAGGACAAAGUGGGAGCCCUGGGGGCAGCUUGGCCAUCCCCAGGGCCAAAGGGAUGAGAGGUCAGCGGGAGAGGGGGCUCCACAAGCGAGAGUCUUUCAUUGGUUUUUUGAGAAUUCCAUAUGUGUGUAUGCCAUUUGAAUUUUACUCUUUAUUAUGUUCUUUUCAGAUCAGGAAAAAUUGGUACCGAACAUCCUUCAAUGGCUACAUAGAGAAACCCUGUUUUUAGAAAAAAAAAAGGUUGAAAAAAAAACUUAUCUGGAUUUAAGAUUUAAGAGACUCUGGUAUUUCAAAGUAAAAAAAAAAAAAAAAGUUGAAAAAAACCAAAAACCAAAAAACAAAAAAAAACCCAGUCCAGUCCAAUUGAGUCUCAGUCACCUCAUCUUGUCUGGAUUUAAGAUUUAAGAGACUCUGCUAUUUCAAAGUUAAUAAAAAAAGUAUUUAAUCAUUAAUCUUUUCAUCAUUUACACACACAUAAAUUUUAAGGAAAAAUAUUAGCAAUUUUUGGAGCAUGUGCUACACUGAACUGAUGAGUCCCCUAAGGACUAAAUAAUAGGUCAUAAGCAAUUCCUCAGUUAACUGUUUCUUCUUAUGAUUUUUUUGUUUUUGUUUUUUCGAGACAGGGUUUCUCUGUGUAUCCCUGGCUGU